AUGAAGCCACAACCCCCUCUGUCCGUCGUCGACAACGACAACGGCGACAACAACGAUGUCGCUGUGGCAGAGAGACGGAAACCAGUGGCCGUGGAUGAAUUCCAGGUCAGCAUCGCCAACUUGUCUUUGCUGGGCUUGCGGUGGUCCCUUAUUCCUAUGCCUGAGGUACGAACGGAUAUCCAAGGUCACUACGAAGCCCGGCCCCCAUUCCGGCAUUCUCUCUUCACUCCUUUCCCCAUCUGCUCUUCUCCGCCCCCCUCUCUCGUCUCUCCUCAUGUUCUCCAAUUCUUGAUCGGGCAAUGGGCAUCACUCAUCUUCAAAACCCUCUGCUCUGCUCUGCAGGCGCCCAUCUUGGAUCAGAGCUCGGCCUCUCCCUCGGAAAGACCAGGGUACCAGGUCCAGGCCAACGGUUCCCGCUGCUUUGACCAGGCCAGCGACAGAGACGGGCCAAGCGUCCCUUGUCUGCACUUCAGCGGCCUUGCCCCCCUCUACUCUGUACCUCGUGUGUGCUUCUGCGCCAUCCCUGCCCGGGCUGCGAUUUCCGUGGGCCGGAAACCGACAGCGGACAUCUCCAGCACACAGCAGCUUUGGGCGACGCGCCGUGGGACGCGGUUGAGAAACGAUCCAUGGGUACCGCUCGGCCUACUAUCGUAUGCUCUGCUGGGUCACAGCAGUGUUCUGGGCCCUGCUCCUCUCCACCCCAAUGGAACCCCCUCUGCCGGUUUUGGGGGCCCAGUUCCAAGGACCGAGAAGACGGUGGACUUGACAGCCGGUGGUGGAGGGAGACUUGGGCGGCACGCCGGCGGAUCUGCACAACCUGGCUGCAUACGAUGCAUUAAUUAUGCGAUCACAGGCACCGAUACCGGGGUUGACUUGGGCCGUCCUGUUUGUCAGCGAAGUCAAGACCGAACGAACCGCCUUUCACUUGGGGUUCCCUGCGACAGGAACAGAGCGCGCAGGACGAACGUGAUGGAUGCCCUGCCAUCCGAAAAAAUCAGACAAACAAGGGACGAUAUCGAGGGGCUGUGCCUGACUGUCCGGCCUGGGACUGACUCAGCCGCCCCAGUACCAGGCUUCCCAAGUGCUCGGAGGGGCGCGCAAGUCCAUUGCCAGGGCAAUUUGAUGCUCCUAGACACUGGUUUGCACCCUAGCCUCUACGUAGUGUACUCGUAG